GUUGCGGUCAUCGGUUCUGGACCAGGCGGGUUUUAUACUGCGUACAGAGUGCUACAACAGGUUCCGGAAGCGACGGUGGAUAUGUUCGAGGCGCUUCCUGUACCGUAUGGACUUGUGCGGUAUGGUGUUGCACCGGAUCAUCCUGAAGUUAAAAACGUGAUGCACAAAUUCGAAGAAGUCGCCUCUGAUCCACGCUUCCGAUUUAUUGGUAAUACGCCUAUUGAUCCUACUGCACCGCCUAUGCAGAAGAGCUUGCCUUUGGAGGUGUUGUUGAGACAUUACAAUGCUAUCGAUUUCGCGUAUGGCGCGAGUCAGGACCGGGCACUUGGAAUUCCGGGGGAGGAUUUGACGGGUGUGCAUUCUGCACGAGCAUUCGUGGGUUGGUACAAUGGUCUGCCUCAGUACCGUGACUUGGCACCAGAUUUGUCGGCUGAGGAGGCGGUUAUUGUCGGUGUGGGAAACGUCGCACUUGACGUCGCACGUGUAUUGCUAAGCCCUGUUGAUGUGUUGGCGAAGACGGAUAUUUCCAGCUGGGCUGUCGACACCCUGAGAGAUAGUAAAGUUAAGCGUGUCCGAGUCGUGGGAAGACGAGGAGCGAGGGAGGCAAGUUUCACAAUCAAGGAGGUGAGAGAGCUGUUGGCCGUACCAGGCGUAGGAUUCAAGUCAAGUCAACCGGAACUGUUUACGCCUGGUCCCGAUGUGAAGUUGACGAGACCAUCAAAGCGACUGUUGGAUUUGUUAGCUAUGGCAUCGGCGAAGCCUCCAGCAGCGGACGCGCACAAGAUGUGGGAACUUGAACUGCUCAAGUCACCUACACGGUUCUUGCCGAGCGAUGCGAACGCGAUGAAGUUGGGUGCAGUCGAGAUGGUGAAGAAUAAGCUGGAAGAUGGUCGGGCGAUAGCCACGGAUGAGACUGUAACUUACGAAGCUCAGCUUGCUUUCCGGUCCAUCGGUUACAAGUCCGAGGCGAUCGGUGGUAUGCAGGACUGUGGAAUUCCUUUCGACUCAAGACGAGGUGUUAUCCCCAAUGUCGAUGGUCGUGUAACGAAGAUUGGUACGGAAGGCGACAUUCUGCCAGGUGUGUAUGCGUCAGGCUGGGUCAAGCGGGGUCCGACUGGUGUCAUCGCCUCAACGAUGUACGACGCUUUCCAGACUGCUGAUGCUAUUUGCUCUGAUUACGCGGGUUCUAAACCUUUGCUGAAUGACACUAGGGUCGGUGGAUGGGACGAACUCAAGAAAGAGGUGCCGACUGGAUUGCGAACAGUUGAGUGGGAGGAGUGGAAGAAGAUCGAUGAAGUCGAGACAAAGAAGGGAGAGGAGAAGGGCAAGUACAGGGAAAAAUUCGGAAGAGUCGAGGAGAUGUUGAGGGUCCUGGAU